UUAACGUAGAAUUCCUUUUUUUUGGAGAACUUUAGAAUUUAAUUGCAAUAUAUUACUUUACAAAUUUCAAUUAAUAAUAUACUAAAUUAGUAGCUUAAAUUUUAGUUUUGUAUUAUAAUUAGGGAUUGUGUUGUUUUUGAAAAUCAAAAAAUUAAAUAAUAUACACUAAUCUAUACUAUAUUAAAAGGGUUAUAUGAGGAGUAGAGAGGAUGUCCACGUCAGAUUAAAAAAUCGGCCAAUAAGAGAACAGCAUUCGGACACGUCAGCAUGGCUUUGGGUUUUGUUGGGCUUAAUUUUUUUUUAAUCUGAUUUGUUUGAUGAGAUGCGCGUUAACUCAUCGUUGUUCUUCGUCGUUUUCUCUUCGUCGUUUCCUAUCCUCUUCUUCUCCUCUAACUGAAAGUCGAUGACUCUCUCAAGAGAAGCUCUUCGAUCGGUUGAAGGUCGAUGGAGAUGAUGAUGAAGCCGAUAAGGGAGGGACGAUAACGGUUGGUAUUUUCUGGAACGUGACGAUUGCUCAGAGGAAAGAGAGGAUUGGCCGGAGAAUUAGGUUUUUGGAUGGAGGAUUAACGGAGGAGAAGAAGGUUCGUUUGAGUGGGAUUAGACGGAGCGAUGAAAGGCAGCAAGAAGAAGACAUGGAUGCUGCCAUAGAAGUCGACUUGAAGCUUCGAGAUAGACGGAGAUGGAUGAAUGUAUAUACCAAAUCAAACCACAAUCCCCAAUUGAGUAAUAAAGCUAUGAAUCUGGGUAAUUUCGAAUCUCAUUUUUUGUGACUCCGUUGCAUUCUCUGACAUGCCCUUUGCUUUUUCUUUCACGAUCUGUUCCUGUUACAUAACACCGAUGUAACCUUGACAGUGUUCGAUCAUGGAGAUUAUGGUCCAGGCUUUCGAUUUCUUCCAUAUAGAUUAAAUGUGAUCAUUAAAGGGUUUAGCUUUCGCAUUUUUUUUAUCUAUGAAAACAAAUAUGUCUUCGUUUCAGCUAAAGUUUCACUCUUUUUUUAUAUCUACCACACCAAGGUUUCAGGUACAUCGAAUCUAAGGUAUCACCACCACUUUCGAUUGAUAAUCACGGAUCUAUGCGUUGUGGAGUUUUGUGAUUAAUCAUUGAUGUGCAGGAGCUCAAACGGGAGACAUUGGUUUUGAUUACUAUGCGGCAGAACCGGAGAUUCACUUUUUCUCGGCUAUUCCUGAGGAAGGUAGCAUAUCCAAGAUGAUCUUGAGAAAAAGCUAGAUCCCUCUGUUUUCAAAAUUGGAAGCACACAAGCUGCUAAAAAAAGGUGGGUUGCAAUGGGAAAGCAAGUCUCUAGGAAGGUUCAACAUGUUGAAGAUAAAGUGAAGGAGUCUCUUCUACAAAUACAACAAGGACUGGAACUUGACAAAGAAAGUCUCAACUCUCUCAAAACCAGGAAACUCUUAGUAACACAGGGAUGGACGGGAUAUUCUGAUGUUGAGAAAGGUCCUAAUUAUGCUCCCAAAAGGAAGAUUUUCGCUACUGACUUGACUCGAGAAAAUCUACACAUCUGGAAAGAGUUGGAAUUCAAGGAGUAUAACUUCAAUGCUAAGGGACAACCUCUUGAUGCUAGCUAUCUCCAUCCCCUUCUUAAGGUCUCAGAUUCUCUGUCCUUUUGCCCAUCAGAUCAACAAAGUUUCAUGUCUGAACUUGAUUCCCAGGUCUCUACUGCCUUCGACCCGUUUGCUGAUGCGAAUGCUGAGGACUCAGGUGCGGGAACAAAGGAGUUGUUGAAAUCGUUUACUUCAAGCGCAAUGUAUCUUAGUGUUUUGUGUAACUCAUACUGAAGUGUAGUUUACUUGAUGGUUAACUGUUCUGUUUAUAUCAUGGUGUUUUGUACCCAUCUGAGUGUGUUAAACUUUUAUUAUGACGUUGGUUUUCUUGCUCAGGUCUCAGAUUCUCUGUCCUUUUGCCCAUCAGAUCAACAAAGUUUCAUGUCUGAACUUGAUUCCCAGGUCUCUACUGCCUUCGACCCGUUUGCUGAUGCGAAUGCUGAGGACUCAGGUGCGGGAACAAAGGAGUACGUCCACAUUCGUGUGCAGCAGCGCAAUGGUAGGAAAAGCUUGACAAAGAAAGAGUAUAUUUACAGCAAUAUAGUUAAGGACCUCAAGAAAGAGUUUUGUUGCAACAGUACAUUGGUUCAUGACUCUGAACUCGGACAUGUUCAUGUUUAUUUUACAGCAAGAUACUUAAGGACCUCAAGAAAGAGUUUUGUUGCAACGGUACAUUGGUUGCAAACACAAUAAUUGCAUAUAAAUAGAUAUAUUAUCAAUUUAAAUAUCACUAGAAUAAAUUAUUUUCAUAUGUUCAGAAUUUAAUAUUAAAUCAACC